CUUCCCUCCCAUUCAUAAAAAAGCCAUUUUCCCAGGCAGUGGUUGCAACAUCGCAGCCGAGGCAGCGAACAAGGCUGACAGCGCGGAGCUGGCGCUGUGGAGCAAAGGGAGCCUUGCCGGUUCCUCCGACCGGCGUCUGCGAGUACAGCAGGAGCUGACCUGCUUGGGUUCCGGGAUUUACACUGACGUGGAGCGAUGCUUGUGACUCUGCGGCUCCUCAAAGGCCCCUAGAAGCCUGUUUCUCCGUGCAGUCAAGGACCUCCAGCCCCAUGGAGCCCCCGAUCCCACAGAACACCCCCCUGACUCCUAGCUCAGUCAUGGUGCAGCCCCUUGACAGCCGGAUGCCCCACGGCCGGCUCCAGCACCCGCUCACCAUCCUACCCAUUGACCAGAUGAAGACCAGCCACGUGGAGAACGACUACAUAGACAACCCCGGCCUGGCCCCCACUAUGGGCCCCAAGCGGACCCGCAGCGCGGCCCCAGAGCUGGCCCUGACACCCGCCCGCUGUGACCAGGAUGUUACUCAUCACUGGAUCUCCUUCAGCGGACGCCCCAGCUCUGUGAGCAGCAGCAGCAGCACAUCCUCCGACCAGCGGCUCUUAGACCACAUGGCACCGCCACCUGUGACCGACCAGGCCUCACCGAGGGCCGUGCGCAUCCAGCCCAAGGUGGUCCACUGCAAGCCUCUGGACCUCAAGGGCCCAGCGGUCCCACCGGAGCUGGACAAGCACUUCUUGCUGUGCGAGGCCUGUGGGAAGUGUAAAUGCAAGGAGUGUGCGUCCCCCCGGACGUUGCCCUCCUGCUGGGUCUGCAACCAGGAGUGCCUGUGCUCGGCCCAGACCCUGGUCAACUACGGCACGUGCAUGUGCCUGGUGCAGGGCAUCUUCUACCACUGCACCAACGAGGACGAUGAGGGCUCCUGCGCCGACCACCCCUGCUCCUGCUCCCGCUCUAACUGCUGCGCCCGCUGGUCCUUCAUGGGCGCGCUCUCCCUGGUGCUGCCCUGCCUGCUCUGCUACCUGCCGGCCACUGGCUGCGUGAAGCUGGCCCAGCGUGGCUACGACCGCCUGCGCCGCCCCGGCUGCCGCUGCAAGCACACGAACAGCGUCAUCUGCAAGGCGGCCAGCGCGGAUGCGAAGGCCAACAGACCCGACAAGCCUUUCUGACACUUUGGGUUGAAGCCCCAGCGCUCCACCUUCCAUUCUGACACCUGAGAAGACUGGUACCAGGCCAGAGCUGGUAUCCCCCCGCGGCUGACCUUGCUGUCUACUCCCCACCCCAGCUUCGGAGGAUACAGAGUCCACCACCACAAACACUCUAUUCCUCAAGAGUGAAGAAGCACUUGGGGUUUUUUCAGGGUCUUGGAACUUUGUGUCAAACAGACAAUGACAGGGACAGGGUGUGGUUUGUUUGGGGGCG